UCUCUCAGGAAGCAGUGGUCAUCCUUAGAUCAGAUAUCCAUCCUUGCCAAACCCUCCCAUCAUCAGUUUGCUGUCUCCCAGGAGUAGACCAGGAGCCCCAGAGAAACAGGAUCCCAAACCAGGACGAUGCUGAGAGGGAUUUGUGAUCCUCUGUUGGAAUAAUCAGUUCAUUUUAAACCCAAGAAAUGAUAUGAUAGUCUGGCUUCCGUUUUAGGUGAAAAAUUAAGAGUUCAGUUUUAAUCACUCUAAGCCCCCAGUUAGAAAGUUCUUAACACCUAGAGAGAGGUGGGACUUUCUGUCUAACUUAACAUUUAUAGUGACCUUCACCAAAAGCACCCCCGGUUCCUUCGUGAUUGAGGUGAAGUUUGGUUUACUGGAAAUAUUUGUGUAAUAAAACCGUAGACUAUAUCCACAUGUCUGUAGGUGGUCAGGGAUUGGAAGAACUUGGGUAAGAGCUGACAUUUUCUUGGGACUUGUCUCAGAAUAUCUCUUCUGUUCUGAGAUGCAUUUAAAGGGUAAUUGACUUGCCAGGGGUCAUCCAGCAUUUGAAUCCAAGAUUCCUUGAUUCCAAACACAGGACUCUUACCCACUAGCUCAUGUUGCUCCUAAGAAUUAAAUUGAAAUAGAGAUUUAUGAUCCUGCAUUUGUUUAUUUUCAGUCCUGUUUAAAUCUUUGUGACCCCAUUUGGGAUUUUCUUGGCAAUGAUACUGGAGUGGUUUGCCAUUUCCUUUUCCAGCUCAUUUUACAUAUUAGGAAACUGAGGCAAACAGGGUUAAGUGACCUAGGGUCAUACUGCUAGUGACUGUGUGAGGUGGGAUUUGUACUCAGGGAGGUGAGUUUUCCUGCCUCCAGGCCUGGCACUCUAUUCCUUGUACCAUCUCGCUACCCCAUGGUCAUUUAUAAUAUUCAAUAAAAUGUUUAAAACAAUUAAGAAAUGAAAUAAUAGAGAGCUCUCUUUGGUCGAUCUUUUGUCAAUAUUGAAGAAUUUCCCCAUAGUUUAUUGUGUUUUUUUCUUUGUUUGAAAUGACCCACUAUGAAGGAAGCAAGUAGGGCCAAUAGCCCCAGAGAGUGAGGGGGACCCCGCUGCCCCCGAGACUUCCUGCACAAGAAAGCCUCUGUCCUCUGCCAGGCUUCCUGGGGAGUUCCCAUAGAGACGCUGGGGAGUGGCCAGAAAGGAUCGGCAGACUUGGCUCUAGACUGGUCCGGCCGGCAGCUCCUCAGCCACCGCGGGACGGGCUGAAGCCCAGCCACUCGCUACAUGGGAAAGGAAGCUGGGAUGGCUCCCUGCCAGAUCCGGAGGUACCGGGACCAAGACUGGGCCGCGGUGAGGGCCAUAUUCGCCGAGGGGAUGCUGGAGCAGGUGGCCGCUCACUUCUGGCAUCUGCUGAAACGGCCCCCGGGCUUCCUGCUGCUGCUGGGGGGCCCGGGGGCGCUGCUCCUGGGCUCCGGCUCCCUCCUCCCGCCUCUGCUGGCUCUCCUGGCCCUCCUGCCCACGCUGUGGCUGCUCGCCAGGUAUCCUUCCUCUUGCUACGUGGACCACACGUUGCACACGGACAUGAGGGACAUCGGGGCCACCUACCUCAGCGACCCAGGGUCCUGUUUCUGGGUGGCCGAGUCAGGGGGCGGGGCGGUGGGCCUGGUGUGCGCCCGCCCGGCGCCAGAAGCCCCGGACCGGGGUCAGCUGGAGCUGCUGCACCUGUCCGUGCGCCGGGAGCACCGCGGCCGGGGAGUGGCCAAGGACUUGGUCCGGACCGUGCUUCGCUUCGCGCGGGCCCGGGGCUACGGCGGAGUGGUGCUGACCACCGCCAGCCUGAACGCCCCCGCCAGGAAACUGUACGAGAGCCUGGGCUUCGGGAAGUCCCACGAAACGCUGACCGGCCCCACCUGGUCCCCAGUAACCAUUUCCUUAGCGCAUUACCAAUACGCCUUGCCCCUGGCGUCCUGAGAGGUCCGCCGCGGCUUUCUGGCCGGCGGCCAAUCACUGAUCAGUCAGGGCUGCUGACUGACCCCGAGCCACGGACGGCUUCUUCUUCUGCAAAAGGGCUCCUGCCUGCAAAGUCCUCUGUGAACAAAGUUACUCCGAGUAACAGCCGUUCUGGACGCCCGACUGUCAGUGACUUCUCGCUGGUACAAUCCUCCACCACUGCUCUGUAGGACUUCAAUGACAAAUGCUGUCCCUGCCCAGAGAGGGAACGAUGCACUCUCUGUAGCUCCCAAUUUUAACUUACUUUUUCUUGAGGAUUUUUAUUUUCAUUAUUUUUUAUCAGGGUGGGAGAUCUAGGCUUUCUUUCACAACUUGACUUUUAGGGAAAUGUUUUGCACAACUUCACACGGGGUUUCUUAAUUGAGGAUGAGGAUGAUCUAAAACUCAAAAAUAUUAAAAACAAAUGUAAAAAAUUGUUUUGAAUGUAAUGGGGAAAAUAUUAAAUAAACAAAUGAAAACUUGCUUCUAGGCUGGGGGCAACCUUAGAGAA